AUGAUUCAGUCUGAAAGAUUACGAUCUAUAACUCGUCAAAGAACAACUCUGACAACCCCUAUUGAUGAGUCAACCUUGACUUCUCCUUCUCCUAGUACGGAUCUAAAAAUUACAGUAAGAUUUCAACCGAUUGGAUCAACUCGUAUAUUAUCAACUCGAGUAUUUAAGAUUGGACGAAAUCGAAACAUAUCAACGCUAAUUCUAUUUAUUAGAAAGCAAAUAGAAGUACAAAGUGUGUUUCUAUAUAUCCAAUCAUCUUUUCAACCCAAUCCUGAUGAGAAUUUAGGUACAUUAUAUGAUUUAUAUAAAACAGGAGAAGAAUUAAUCAUAAGUUAUUGUGAUACAGUUGCAUUUGGAUAA